UCUCUUUUUCGUUAUUCUUUCUUUUUUUUUUCCGGUGAGACGAGAGCUCUGCCGCGUAAUUGUUCUCCGAUCUUUUUCCUAUUUUAGUUUUACCUUUCGUUUCUACAAAUUAGGGUUCUUUUUUUGUUUUUUUGGAUGUGGUAAAGCUUUGAUUUUUAUACGGGAAGGGUUUCUGGGUUUUGUUCCUUAGGGUUCGUCGAGUUGAAAGAACGGAAAAGUUCCGUUUUUUUUUGAUAAUUUUGGAAUCGCCGGAAUCUGAAAUUUUCCGGCAGAUAUGGCGUCUGACCUUCCGAUGAGCCCUCAUUUAGAGCAGAUUCACGGAGAAAUCCGUGACCAUUUCCGAGCACUCGCGAAUGGGUUUCAAAGGUUGGAUAAGAUUAAGGAUUCUAAUAGACAAAGCAAGCAACUUGAAGAACUUGCUGACAAGAUGCGAGAGUGUAAAAGGUUGGUUAAGGAGUUUGAUCGUGAACUUAAAGAUGGUGAGGCUCGGAAUUCUCCUGAAGUGAAUAAGCAAUUGAAUGAUGAGAAACAAUCUAUGAUUAAGGAACUCAACUCUUAUGUUGCACUAAGAAAAACGUACUUGAAUACACUCGGCAACAAGAAAAUUGAACUUUUUGAUACGGGAGCUGGAGUCAGUGGUGAACCUACAGCUGAAGAAAACAUCCAAAUGGCUUCAUCAAUGUCAAACCAAGAGCUUGUUGAUGCUGGAAUGAAAAGGAUGGACGAGACCGACCAGGCUAUUGAACGCUCUAAACAGGUUGUGCAUCAGACACUCGAAGUUGGCACUCAAACUGCAUCCACUUUAAAGGGACAGACAGAUCAAAUGGGCCGCGUUGUGAACGACCUAGAUACAAUUCAGUUCUCUAUCAAGAAAGCUUCGCAGCUGGUGAAAGAGAUAGGAAGACAGGUAGCUACCGAUAAAUGCAUAAUGGCGUUCCUGUUUCUGAUUGUAUGUGGUGUUAUAGCCAUAAUCGUUGUGAAGAUCGUGAACCCAAACAACAAAGACAUCAGAGACAUCCCUGGACUAGCUCCUCCAGCGCAAUCGAGAAAGCUCUUGUACUUCAGAGAAUAGGGCCGAGAAGGAAGAUUUGGUCCAUAUUACACUUUCUGUUGCGUUUGUGUCCUUUCAUGAAAGCGGGUUGUUCUUCUCGUUUGAAUCUGAGCUUUAAUUAGAGUUUUGUAUUAUAUAUCAUUCUUUUUUUACUUAUGACCAUGUUGUAUUAUAUAUAGCAAGUUCAGUAAAUUUCUAUAAGAUCCAUUCUUAUUCUCCAACCAA